AUGCCCUGCGCGCCGUCCUGCACCCCGACGGUCCUGGCCAACCGCGCCGGAGCUUUCUCGUGCGCCGCGCGUCUUGGCUGGCUCCAGUCCACGCGCGGCGGCGGUCUCACCGAGCACGCCGCCUGCACCACGGUUGCGGGCGAGUUUCCGAUCGAGUGUGGCGACUGCGCGCCUUUGAGCCUCGUGGCGCAGCCGCAUGCUGCCAGCAGAGUAGUGCCGCCCGCCGCGCCACCGCCGUCCCCUCCCUGGCACCUGCUCAAACUCCCACGCCCGAGCCCGCCGCCGCCGCCGCUGCCGCCCGGGAUGCCUCCGCCGACAUGGCCGCCGUCACCACUCCCUCCGUCGCCUCCAGUCGCGCCACCGCUCCCUCCGCCGCCGUCCCCCUCGCCGUCACCCCUCUCCCCGCCGCCCACCGCGAAGCCGCCGCACGCGCCGCCGCCGAACGCACCGCCGCCGCCACCCCCGUCUUCCCCGCCGUCGACGCCGCCGCAACCUCCGGCGGCGGCGCCGUCUGAGCCGCCUCCGCCGCAACCGCCGGCGGCGGCGCCGCCUGAGCCGCCGCCGCCGCCGCCGCCGCCGCCGCCGCCGCUGCCGCCACCUCCGCCGUCGCCGCCGCUGCCGCCGCCGCCCCCGCCGCCCCAUACGCCGCCCCCCCCGCCGCCUCAUACGCCACCACCGCCGCCGCCGCCUCCAACGCCGCCGCCACCGACCCGCCCUCCGCCUGGCCUCUGGCAUGACCCGAUCGAGGGCAGCGACGGAUGCUGCAGGACGGAUGCCGUGGGCGUCAGCACGCCUCAUGCGAGCACCUUUACCCGCGCGUGGGCCGCCGGCCUGGAAGAGUGCAAAGGCAGGUGCCUCACACACCUGCAAACAUGCACCGCCAUCGGGUACAACAGAGUGAGCCAGGCUUGCGAGGUGCACACCUCCCCCGCAGUCGCCCACACGGCGGCGGGAACGCCGUGCACGUGUCUGCUCUUCAAGACGGCGCCUCCGCCGCCGGGUGCCCCGCCGCCGCCACCAACUUCGCCGCCAUCGACGCCUCCGCCGCCGCUGCAACCACCAACUUCGCCGCCGGCCGUGAGGCUCAUCCUUGACACCGACAUGGGGUGUGGCGCUUGCCGCGACGUCGACGACGUCGUUGCCUUGUGCGCCCUCCAUGCGCUGGCGGACAACGGCGAGGUGGAGCUGCUCGCAGUUGUGCAGGACAGCGCGCCGCCCGCAGGAGCAGGCGUCAUCUCUGUGGUGAACCACUUCUACGGCCGCGACCACAUACCGAUUGGCGCGUACAAGGGGUCUGGGCUGACGCUGGCGGGAGAGCCUCCGCUCACGUUUGUCGACAGUGUCCUGAAAGCCUUCCCUUCGCCGAUCCGGAACGCCUCACAGGUGCCGGACGCCGUCGACGUGUACCGGCGCGUGCUCGCCGCCUCGCCGCCGCGUUCAGUCACAAUCGCGUCUGUCGGCUACGCUUUGGUGGCCGAAAAGGUGGCUCUCCUCUCAAUCAUGGCGGGAGACUACGCGACGAGCGGGCCUCGCUUCGCCGAGUGCAAUGCGUGCGGCUGUUUCAACGGCGCGGACGCCGUCUCCAGGGCGACCGCCGCAGCCGCGUCCUCUUUCGUCGCAGCAAACGUGCCGCCGUCCGUCCGUACCAUCUACCUCGGGUGGCGCGUCGGGGACGUGGUGCGGACUGGCGCGGUGAUGGAGCUGCACGCCCUGAUGGACUUUCGCGACCGGGCGGGCUGGGGGUGGGGCCCGGGAGGCCGCUCCAGCUACGACCCGCUAGCCGCCCUCCUAGCGGUGCGCGGAGUCAGCCGCGAGGGCGUGGGCUUGAGCGAGUGCACGCAGUGCGACGGCGUCAACUCGAUCGACCCAAAGAGCGGCAAGAAUGAGUGGUUGCCGGGGCGGCGAAGCAACCAGAGCUAUGUCGAGCUCACGGACCGGAUGAGAGCGCAAGAAGCGAUUGAUGCGCUCCUCUGCCAGCCACGGCCGCCGCCGCCGCCGCCGCCGCCGCCGCCGCCGCCGCCGCCGCCGUUGCCGCCGCUGCCGCCGCCGCCGCCCCAUACGCCACCGCCGCCGCAGAGCGGCGGCGAGAGCGUGCUCGUGCGUCCGGGUCACCUCUCCGAGGUGGCGGCUGCUCCUCCAGUGCCGCCCGUGCCGCCUGCGCACGUCGCCAAGGGCGACACGCCGUCGGAGAGUGCGACGCCCUCGUGGGAGGGCCUCCUCGCCCGCGCAUCCCGCAUGGCGCAGUCGGUUGGCCAGUCCCUCGCGGAGGCCCUUGAGCUCGACGCGGCAAGCGGCGUGCAGCGGCGGCUGCUAGGGAGCGUCGAGCUCUCAGCCCUGCUCGGAGCCGUCGCCGCCUGCUGCUGCGUCGCCUGCCGGCGGCGGCGGCGAGAGAGGCGGUUCGAUCAGCUCGCCGACGAGCCUGACCAGCCGGACCACCAGGAGCUGCACGGCGAGGGGAGGUCCGAGGCCUUUGGCACCGAGCGCAGGAAGAAGCAGGUGCCGCAGCGGGGAGACCGCGUCAAGCACGGCAGGCGCGGCGAGGGCACGGUGGCCGAGCUGCUGCCCGACGGCCGCUCGCGCAUCGUCUUCGACGAGGAGGAGGAGCACGGCGAGCACCGCUACAUCGGGCAGCUGGAGGGGGCAGCGCCGCUCGACUCGCCGCAGCGGCGGCAGGCGACGCGGUCGCACGUCGAAGAGGCGGCACGGCGAGCGAAGCUCGAGGCGAGCGCCGCGGCCGGCAGGCGCGCGCUGAAGGAGCUGCAAAAGGAGCAGGCACGGCAAAAGGAAGCGCAGCAGGAGGCGCAGACCCGCCAGCUGCUGCGGGCGCAGGAGCUCGGCCAGACGCAGCCCAGCCUUGCCCGGAGCCCCAGCCCGCUCCGCCUCACCCUGGAGCCCAAAGCGGAGCCGCACACGCUGCGGCUCAAAAUGCCGUGCGACUGCGGGAGCUGCAUCGUCAAGGCACAGAUGAAGGCGGGCGCCUCCUGCCUGGUGCUGGUCUGGAACGAGGAGAAGCAGAAGUGCUCGCUCCGCCUCAAAGAGCUCGCGGACGCCGCGCCAAGCGAGGGGCCGCCUGCGCCCGCCGCCGGCGUUGCGGCUGCAGAGGCGGACACUCAAGCGGCGGCAAGCACUGCCACUGUCGAGGCGGCGGGCGGCGAGGGCGGCGAGGGCGGCGAGGGCGGCGAGGGCGGCGAGCGAGGCGAGCGAGGCGAGGGCGGCGCGGGCAGCGCGGGCGGCGCGGGCGACGCGGGCGGCGGCGAGGGCGGAGAGGGCGGAGAGGGCGGAGAGGGCGGAGAGGGCGGAGAGGGCGGUGGGGGCGGCGAGGGCGGCGAGGAGGGUGGCGGCGACGAGGAGGCCGGCGGUGGCGGAGGCGGCGGCGGCAGCGGUGGCGGUGGCGAGGCUGCGCUGCCGGGAAACAGCGCAGCGUGUCCGAUGGAGCUGGACAGCGACGACGAGCCGGAGCCGGCGGCUGCUACGGAGCUUGCGGCCUCUGCGGAGGAGAGCGAGCAGAGCCCGCCCCUGCUGGCGCCCGCGGCGGCGGCGGCAGGAGCAGAAGAGCCGGCGCCGCUGGAGGAGGGAGCGGCGGCGGAUGCGGCAGCGGAGGCGCCCGUGGCGGUCGCGGAAGGCUUGCGUCUGCAUUUGUUUAGCAGCAGCACGGGAUACAAGGGCGUGUACUCGCGAGACGGCCGCUUCUACGCGCAGCACAGUGUGGGCGGAAGAAAUGUCCCACUAGGCCGCUUCGACACGGCGGUGGAGGCGGCGGUGGCGUACGCGCGAGCGGUCGGGGAGUACCAGCCUCCGCCUCCCCCGACCGUGGCGGCAGAGGCGGAGGGGCUGCGGCUGCACCUCUCCAGCAGCAACGUGACCGGCUACAAGGGGGUGUCUAUAUCUACGCAUCACAGUGGCGGCUUCCGGGCGGAGCACUAUGUGCGCCGAAGGCCAGUCCACGUCGGACGCUUCGACACGGCGGUGGAGGCGGCGGUGGCGUACGCGCGCGCGGUCGGGGAGGCGCCGGAAGCGGGCUCGGCGGUGGCAGCAGCAGCAGGGCAAGCGUCAGCAGCAUCGCUGGGCGAGACGGCAGAAGGCGCAGCCGCUGCCGAGCCGGUGGAGGCGGAGGCGGCGGGCGCGGCGGCGGCGGCAGGGGCAGAGCAGCCGGCGCCGCUGGAGGAGGGAGCGGCGGCGGAUGCGGCAGAGGAGGCGCCCCUGGCGGAGGAGGCGGAGGGCUUGCGUCUGCAUUUGUCCAGCAGCAGCAAUGCUGGCUACAAGGGGGUGCGCAAGGACUUGCGACACGGCCGCGUCUACUUCUACGCGCAGCACAGUGUGGGCGGAAGAAAUGUCACGCUAGGCCGCUUCGAUACAGCGGUGGAGGCGGCGGUGGCGUACGCGCGGGCGGUCGGCGAGUACCAGCCUCCGGCUCAUCCUCCCCCGACGGUGGCGGCGGAGGCGGAGGGUCUGCAUCUGCACCUCUCGAGCAGCAACGCCACCGGUUACAAGGGCGUGUUCAAGCAGCCCUCUGGCCGCUUCCUGGCGCAGCGCACUGUGGACGGAGGGAGGGUCUGGCUCGGCACCUUCGACACGGCGGUGGAGGCGGCGGUGGCGUAUGCGCGGGUGGUCGGCGAGGCGCCGGAAGCGGGCUCGGCGGUGGCGGCAGCAGCAGGGCAGGCGUCGGCGGCACCGCCACCGUUGGGCGAGGCGGCAGAAGGCGCAGCCGCUGCCGAGCCGGUGGUGGAGGAGGCGGCGGGCGCGGCGGCGGCGGCAGGGGCAGAAGAGCCGGCGCCGCUGGAGGAGGGAGCGGCGGCGGCGGCGGCGGCAGCGGAGGCGCCUGUGGCGGAGGUAGCGGAGGGGCGUCGGCUGCACCUCUCGAGCAGCAGCGCUACCGGGUACAAGCACGUGUACUCGCGAGACGGCCGCUUCCAGGCGCGGCGCCGGAUGGGCGGCAGGCAGGUCUCGCUCGGCUACUUCGACACGGCGGUGGAGGCGGCGGUGGCGUACGCGCGAGCAGUCGGCGAGUACCAACCUCCGGCUCAACCUCCUCCGCCUCCUCCGACGGUGGCGACAGAGUUUGAGGGGCUGCGGUUGCACCUCUCCGGCAGCCACGCCACCGGCUACAAGGGGGUGUCUAAGCAUCACGGUGGCCGCUUCCGGGUGCAGCACAGGGUGGACGGAAGAAAGAUCCAAGUCGGCGGCCUCUUCGACACUGCGGUGGAGGCGGCGGUGGCGUACGCGCGGGCGGUCGGGCAGGCACCGGACCGCUCCUCCUCUUCCGCCGCCGGUGGCAGCGGCGCCCGGCCCCGCCCAGCAAAGCGCCCGCUCGAGCCGACCGACGCGCCGCUGCCGAAGCGGCGCUCUAGCCGCGCCGCCGCCGCCGCCCCCUCGGCUGCCUCCUCCUCCUCCACCCCUCCCGCCGCUUCCUCCUCCUCUUGCUCCUCCUCCACCGCACCCACCGCACCCACCGCACCCACCGCACUGGCCGCGCCCGCCACCGCCGCCCGCCCCGCCGCCUCCGCCUCCACCUCCACUGCCGCCGCCGCCGCCCCCACCUCCACCGCCGCCCCUGCCGGCCCCUCGCCGCUCUCGAGCCGCCUGUUCACGACCACACCGGACGGGCGCACCGUGCUGAGGGAGACGCCCCCUCCGCCCACGGGCGGCAUGGCGGCCGUCGCCGCGGCGCUGGCGCAGGUCAACCUGCAGGCCUACGCCGCCGCCUUUGACGCCGAGGGCUACGACGACAUCUCGUUCUUGCGCGGACUGGACGCCGCCGAGCGGGCGGACGUGGCCAAGGAGACGGGGAUGAAGCCCGGGCACGCGGGAAGGUUUGUCAAGUUCGGCUUCGAGCCGCCCUGA